GCUCACUUCUAUAGAUCUCUGUGGGAAGAGCCACAGCCCCAUCCCUCCAACCUCAGGAGAAGAGAAGCCGCAGCCUGAUGGUGAGCCGAAUGGGCUGGGGGGGGAGCAGGGGGCGGCUGGGGCACUGGGGAGAGCUGGGGCCUGGCUCAGUGCCCCUGCUCCCUGUGCCCCUGCUGCCCCCUACUCCUCCGCGUCGAAGACCUGGGGGAGGGAGGGUCUCCUUCUUCUCUCUGUCCCCUACCCCUCGUACAAGAAGCUCCUCCUCCUCACCAUUCCCUCCUGCCCUGGGGUCCUCCUGCCCAGUGCUGCAGGGGACAGAGGCCUCUCAGCCUGGCCACAGUGCCCUCCCCAUCCCAGCUACCCCCCCAACACAGGCAAGACCUGCAUCGACACCCGCAUCUGCUUCCUCCUCCUGGGGAUCCCACUCCACCCCACCCCUGGCCUCUGUCACUCCCCCUCCCUCACGCCGGUGCCCCCAGGACCCUCCUGGGCUGCGGAUAGGCCCUCUGAUCCCUGAGCAGGAUUAUGAGCAGCUGGAGGACUGUGACCCUGAGGGGUCCCAAGACUUACCCCUCCAAGGGGAGGAGCAGCAGCCCCUACUUCAUGUGCCUGAAGGGCUCCGGGGCUCCUGGCACCACAUUCAGAACCUGGACAGCUUCUUCACCAAGAUCUAUAGCUACCGCCAGCGAAGUGGCUUUGCCUGCAUCCUGCUGGAGGAUGUCUUCCAGCUGGGACAGUUCAUUUUCAUUGUCGGCUUCACAACCUUCCUUCUUCGAUGUGUGGAUUACAAUGUUCUCUUUGCCAACCAACCAAAUAACCGCACAAGGCCUGGGCCAUUCCACAGCAAAGUGAGCUUGUCAGAUGCCAUCCUAUCCUCAGCCCAGUGUGCAGAGAGGAUUCAUGCCAGCCCCCUGCUGGUCUUCCUCCUGGUCCUGGCUGCUGGCUUCUGGCUGUUCCAGUUGCUUCGCUCAGUUUGCAACCUCUUCAGCUACUGGGACAUCCAGGUGUUUUACAGGGAGGCUCUGCACAUCCCCCAGGAGGAGCUCAGCUCCGUGCCCUGGGCGGAAGUGCAGUCCCGCCUUCUGGAGCUGCAGAGGAGCGGGGGGCUAUGCGUGCAGCCUCGGCCGCUGACGGAAUUGGACGUCCACCAUCGCAUCCUGCGUUAUACCAACUACCAGGUGGCGCUGGCCAACAAGGGCCUGCUGCCCGCCCGCUGCCCGCUACCCUGGGGAGGCAGUGCGGCUUUCCUCAGCCGCGGCCUGGCCUUCAACAUCGACCUGCUUCUCUUCCGUGGUCCCUUUUCGCUCUUCCGUGGAGGCUGGGAGCUGCCUGAUGCCUACAAGCGCAGCGACCAGCGGGGCGCCCUGGCCUCGCGCUUGGGGCGCACAGUGCUGCUGCUGGCUGCCGUCAACCUGGCGCUGAGCCCUCUCGUGCUGGCCUGGCAGGUGCUACACGCCUUCUACAGCCACGUGGAGCUGCUGCGACGCGAGCCCGGCGCGUUCGGGGCGCGCCGCUGGUCCCGCCUGGCGCGCCUGCAGCUGCGCCACUUCAACGAGCUGCCACAUGAAUUGCACGCGCGCCUGGCCCGCGCGUACAGGCCAGCAAUGGCCUUCCUGCGCGCCGCGGAGCCCCCGGCGCCCCUGCGCGCGCUCUUGGCUCGCCAGCUCGUCUUUUUCUCUGGCGCGCUCUUCGCAGCGCUGCUGGUGCUCACCAUCUAUGAUGAGGACGUGCUCGCAGUAGAACACGUACUCACCACCAUGACUGCGCUCGGGGUGACAGCCACCGUGGCCAGGUCUUUCAUUCCGGAAGAGCAGUGCCAGGGGCGUCCCCCGCAGCUCCAGCUGCAGGCCGCCCUGGCGCACAUGCACUACCUCCCAGAGGAUCCCAGCGCUGGCGGCAGGGCCAGUGCCUACGGGCAGAUGGCGCAGCUACUGCAAUACCGAGCGGUCUCUCUCCUGGAGGAGCUCCUGUCCCCACUCCUCACCCCGCUGUUUCUGCUUUUCUGGUUUCGCCCUCGUGCAUUGGAGAUUAUUGACUUUUUUCAUCACUUCACUGUGGAUGUGGCCGGGGUUGGGGACAUCUGUUCAUUUGCUCUUAUGGAUGUGAAGCGCCAUGGCCACCCUCAGUGGCUCUCGGAGGGACAGACAGAAGCCUCCCUGUCUCAGCGUGCAGAGGAUGGAAAGACUGAGCUCUCCUUGAUGCGCUUCUCGCUGGCACACCCACAAUGGCGUCCACCAGGGCACAGCUCUAAGUUCCUUGGGCACCUUCGGGGACGGGUACAACAAGAUGCAGCUGCCUGGAGUGCUACCUCCACUCGAAGCCCCCCAACUCCAGGGGUGCUCAGCAACUGCACCUCACCUUUGCCAGAGGCCUUCCUGGCCAACCUCCUGGGGAAUCCGUUUCUACCUCCAAGGGACUUGAGCCCCACAGCCCCCUGCCCAGCUGCCGCCACAGCCAGCCUUCUUGCCUCCAUUUCCCGCAUUGCUCAGGACCCCAGCUGUGUGUCCCCAGGAGGCACUGGGAGCCAGAAGGUGACCCAGCUCCCAGAGCUUGCUUCUGCUGAGAUGAGUCUCCAUGCCAUCUACCUACACCAGCUUCAUCAUCAUCAGCAGCAGGAACUGUGGGGCGAGGCUUCAGCCUCCUCCCCAUCCAGGCCCUGGUCUAGUCCCUCACAGCCAGCCUCGCCCGAUGAGGAGAAGCCAUCCUGGUCCAGUGAUGGCUCCAGUCCUGCCUCCAGUCCCAGACAGCAGUGGGGAACCCAGAGGGUCCGGAAUUUGUUCCAUAGAGGGUUUCAAGAGACCACAGACACCCUGAAGGAGCCUGGCCAGGUCCCCAGCACUGACUGAACAGACUCUUCAGGUUCCUGGCUUCUCCAGCUACAGGAGAUUGUGGAUGGGUGUCAUGGAAGGACACACAGAGCCCUACAGACGACAGUCCAGGAUGCUUUAGUUGGGCAGAACCUGGGGGUCAAUAAGGAACUGGCCCCAGAAAACAGGAAAAGAGUAGGAAAGGAGGUGAUGCCUGUGGUAUGGGGAAACCAGUCUAAGGAAUAGUCCCCAUAUAAAGGGGCUAAAGGACAGUGCCCCAACUGGCUGUCUUAGAGCAGUUAUCUGGGAAGAAGUUCUCUGAUAACAAGAUGGAGUUCAGGGGCCCAGAUGGAGAUCAGGCUAAGUAUUAGAAAGACAGUGAGGAAUGUGGUCUGCAAGGCAGGGGGUUCUUCCCUCUGGGGGAAAGGAGCCUCCCCUUUAGGUUCCCAUAAGACUUGGGGAAAAUGGGGCCUUGUGUGUGGAAAAACUAGGGAGGGCUGAUCUUUUGGACUUCAGCAUUGAGGAAGUAGGUGUGGCUUCUUAUCCUGUGUGAAGUAAGCAGUAAAAAUUGCUCAUAGCUGUGUGACAGUAGUCUCUGGCAUGCCCCACUCCUGGCAGCUGAGGGCUGCAUCUGCUUUCUCAAUAAAGAGCAACAGAACAACA